AUGCGUCUCCUCACUCUCUUCACCAGCCUCCUGACGGUAGCCUCAGCGGCUGUCACCAAGCGUGCCGUCACGCCUGGUACCCUCUCCCAGGUCACCAACUUUGACGCCCCUACCAAGGCAGGCUUCUUCAUUUACGUUCCCAAGAAGCUGGCUUCUUCCCCUGGCAUCAUUGUUGCCAUUCAUUACUGUACCGGCACGGGACAGGCCUACUACCAGCAAACCUCGUACAAGACGCUGGCUGAGCAGUAUGGCUUCAUUGUCAUCUACCCCAGCUCGCCCAACGAGGGCAAGUGCUGGGACGUGAGCAGCACCAAGUCGCUCACCCACAACGGUGGCGGCGACUCCAACACCAUUGCCAACAUGGUCAAGUGGACUCUGAAGGAGUACAACGCCAAUGCCAAGAAGGUCUUCGUUACUGGUUCCAGCAGUGGUGCUAUGAUGACUAACGUCAUGGCCGCCGCCUACCCUGACAUGUUCGCCGCCGCCAGUCUCUACUCCGGUGUGCCCGCCGGUUGCUUCAAGUCGCCCAGCGGUGCUGUCGAUGCCUGGAACAGCGACUGCGCUCACGGCCGAGUCACCAACACACCUGCAGGCUGGGCCAAGAUUGUCCAAGCCAUGGACCCUGGCUACAGUGGCGCUCGUCCCAAGAUGCUUGUUUACCACGGCAGUGCCGACACUACGCUCUACCCCCCGAACUACCAGGAGACGAUGAAGGAAUGGGCCGGUGUCUUUGGCUACAACUACGACAAGCCCCAGAGCGUCCAGCAAAACACUCCCCUGAGCGGAUACACCAAGACCACCUGGGGACCCAACGUUGUCGGUGUCUACGCCGCCGGUGUUGGCCACACUGUCCCUGUCCGCGAGAACGACGACAUGAAGUGGUUCGGUUUCGCCUAA